AUGUGCAUGAAUUGGGAGUGAGGAGAGGACAAGAGCUCUGGGAGUACGGGGGCUGAGGUUAACUCAGAUCCGAUCAGAACCAAGCAGACAGACAUGGAUGGACAGAACUGCAACAAUAUCUGUUCUCGGACACAUCAACCAGCUGUAAAUUUGAAGAAGAAGAAGAAAAAAGAAAUCCCUGACAGAGUGACUUUGAAGAAGGAGAUUGGACUGCUGAGUGCCUGUACCAUCAUCAUAGGAAACAUCAUUGGCUCUGGGAUCUUCAUCUCUCCAAAGGGAGUCCUGGAGCACUCUGGUUCAGUGGGUUUGGCCUUGGUGGUGUGGGUACUAGGAGGUUGUGUUGCUGCUCUAGGCUCGAUGUGCUACGCUGAGUUGGGCGUCACCAUUCCUAAAUCUGGUGGCGACUACUCCUAUGUGACGGAAAUAUUUGGCGGAUUGACAGGGUUUCUGUUGCUGUGGAGCGCAGUCCUCAUCAUGUACCCAACCACCCUCGCUGUCAUUGCUCUGACUUUCUCCAGCUAUGUGCUGCAGCCUGUCUUCCAAAAUUGUGCUCCUCCAUACAUGGCAACACGACUUUUGUCUGCAGUUUGCCUUU